CUGUCUUUUCCAUUCCUUUCCUCUUUCUCUCUGAAAACCAAAAAAAAAAAAAUGACCUGCUAUCAACAGAGAAUGCUUUGCUGCAGAAAUCAUCACCUAAUCAUCUUUCUGCUGCUCCUCUCAGUUUCAAGCUUCAUCCAUUUCAGUUCAUUGGCUCAAGGCAGAGAUACUCCCAACCUGGAAAGAACUCAGAGGGGAAAUGAUGGGAAAGAAGUAAAGAUGAGAUCUUUGAUUGGUUCAAGGCCACCCAGAUGUGAGAGCAUAUGCAGGAAUUGUGGUCACUGUGAAGCAGUUCAAGUCCCCAUUGAUGAUCCUUCAGAAUCAGACCCCAAACACCCCCAAACAAGAACCCAUCAGUUCAAUGCAGUUCCCAAAGUUGUCGCUUAUUCCAGAGGAGAUGGCAUUGACAACUACAAGCCCAUGUCUUGGAAGUGUAAAUGUGGAAACCACAUUUUCAAUCCUUGACCAACUGUAAAAAAAAAUUAAACCAUCAAAAUGUUACCUAUCAUUCUUUUUCUUUUUUCGUUCCGAGUGUGUCAAACAUAUUAAUAGAGAGGCGAAUUCAUGUGCAGAUUGGUCGUUUUGGUUGCGGGCAAUAUUGAUGUGGUGUAAUCGUGUUUGUUUUCGGGGAAUUUGAUG